CUUAUAUAUAUUUUCCACCAAUUUACAUAAAACUUACAAGGAAAUUAAUUCAAACUACUGCUCUCUCUGUCUCUCUCUUUCUUUCAAGUUUCAAGCCAUCUUAAUUCUUAACCAUGGAUCUCUUCAUGGGAAUGUGUUUUCUUGCUCUAUUCUAUGCUUUCUUCUGCAUCUGCAAGCUGGUUCUUCAACGGAGAGGCCAAGGCUGCUAUAUGUUGGCCUAUGAGUGCUACAAGCCCCCUGAGGAGAGAAAGCUCAACACUGGAUCCUGCGCUAAAAUUGUGUUUCGAAACAAGAAUCUGGGUUUGGAAGAAUACAGGUUUCUCUUGAAAACCAUUGUGAGCUCAGGGCUCGGUGAAGAAACAUAUGGCCCACCAAUUGUGUUUGCGGAAAGAGAACAAGAACCAACUCUGGCAGACGCCCAUUUGGAGAUGAAGGAUUUCAUCUUCGACACACUUGACAAGCUUUUUGCUAGAACAGGAGUUUCUCCAUCAGAAAUCGACAUCCUUGCUGUCAAUGUCUCAAUGUUCGCUCCCGUGCCUUCUCUAACAGCUUCCAUAAUAAACCGUUACAAGAUGAGAGAAAACAUCAAGGCUUUCAACCUCUCCGGAAUGGGCUGCAGCGCAAGCCUUGUGGCCGUCGAUCUUGUGCGCCACUUGUUCAAAUCAUACAAAGAAUCUUAUGCAAUUGUUGUGAGUACAGAAUCCAUGGGACCGCAUUGGUAUUGCGGCAGAGAGAAAUCCAUGCUCCUCUCCAACUGUCUUUUCCGGUCGGGAAGCUGCUCCAUGCUCUUAACAAACAAAAGAGCUCUGAAGCAUCGAGCCAUCUUGAGAUUAAAAAGCGUAGUUCGAACCGAUCUUGGCUCGAACGACGAAGCAUAUGAAUGCUGCAUGCAAGUAGAAGAUGACCACGGCAACCUUGGUUUUCGCCUCACCAAAGGCCUCACAAAAGCUGCUGCUCAAGCUUUCUCCAACAACCUACGAAUUCUCGUACCUAAACUACUCCCUCUUAGGGAACUACUCCGACAAUUCUUCGUAGCAAAACUUGAGAAAAAUAUCAAAAAAACCACACAAGUUGAAACUUUGAAUCUCAAGUCUGGGGUGGAUCAUUUCUGCAUCCACCCUGGUGGAAGGGCAGUUAUUGAUGGGGUUGGCAAGGGUUUAGGGCUCAAUGAUUAUGAUCUUGAGCCGGCUAGAAUGGCACUUCACCGGUUCGGAAACACAUCGGCUGCCGGAAAUUGGUACGUUUUAAGUUACAUGGAGGCUAAGAAGAGGCUGAAGAAGGGUGACAAAAUUCUGAUGAUCAGCCUUGGAGCAGGAUUUAUGUGCAACAAUUGUGUCUGGGAGGUAAUGAGGGAUUUGGAUUCUGUCAAUGUUUGGAAAGAUUGCAUUGAGAAUUAUCCACCUCAAUGCCUAGUCAACCCUUUCAAGGAGAAGUACAGUUGGAUCAAUGAUGAAUGUCUAAACUUUGUUAGGCUUCACUGAGAUGCCUGUAUUUUCUUCUUUAUCAUGCCCUACUAAAGGUUUUUUUUUUUUUUUUUUUUUUUCUUUCUUAAUUUAUAUGUUUUCUUUUCGUUCAUGAUUUGGUGAAAGCUAUAGAUAGAUUGAAGUUAAUUUGCUCCUGUAAAGGACUUGUACUCUAUCUUCUGUAAUAAUGAAGUUCUGUAAACUUCACCUGCACUCUGUUUCCAUUCAGUACAACAAUCAAUAAACUAAAUUAUUUUCA